CUAUGGCUGCCACCCUGCAACAUUGUGCCACGGCCACCACAACCCCUUCACCGCUAAAAUCUGUGGCCACAACCUCACCUAAUCCUCAACUGAAACGUUUGGUCUAUUCGAAAUAUCGUGAACUACUUGGCUCCUAUAAUGAUCAGGCAAAUGCCUAUAUUGAUACGCUACCCUCAUAUAUGGUGCAAAAAGAUAAGGGUUUCAAUUUGGAACCCAAUAAAACAACAUCGACAAUCACCACAAAUGGUACUACCACAACCAUACAUUUGGCUGCUGCUGCAUCACCAUCAUCAUCCAUCUCCUCCUCGACAUCGUCAUCCGGGGGAGAUCAUGAAAUUCUUUCUCCUUCCAGGUAUGGUUCUGGUCAACGUAUGCCCGCCCAGUCGAACUACGAAGCACCGGCUUGCGUUCAAAAUGCCAUGAACCGGGACAAGAAACCCUUCACCUACACACCCGGCGGCAUUGAUCUCUCACAAAUCAAAUCGGAACGUAUGGCCAAGCGUUUGGCACGCAACGCCUGUGCCGAAGGCGCCGCCGGACAAUCACAACAGAAUCGCCCUGGUGGCGCUGUUCAACAGCCCAUCUCGCCAAGUUCACCCGGUUCGGCAGCGGCCGUUAUUGGAGCAGCUGGCAUGGGUAUGCCGUUUCAAGUAUUACCACCAACACCACAACCGGGAGCCGGUAAGAAUUUAAAUGGUGGCUGUGGCCCAGCACCUCCCCCACCACCACCACCAACAUCCUUUUCCAACACCAACAACACAACAGCAUCACUGGCGCCUCAAAUGAACGGUCAAAAUGGCGCAGCUCGUGGUAGUUCGCCAAGUUCACCGAACAUGCAACGGAAGAUACCACCAGCACCGCCAUCGCAACGUUUCGAACCACCACCGCUAGGUUUUCGUCCGGAAAUUAAGAUUCCUCCAAAUCCGAUGGCGGCAUUGCGUAAAGUACCGCCACCGGUUGAGAAGAAUACUUUCUGGAAGGAUGAAUAUCUAAAGAAUAAGGGUUCGGAUGUACCAGCUGCCGCCAGUAGCAAUAACAACAAUGGCAAUAAUUACAACAAUAACAACAGUAACAGCAUGAACUCCCACACAGAAGACAACGACAGCGUUAACAGUUCUAGUAGCACCUCCUCAUCGCCGCAACAAACGAAUGGUUUUAGAAAAACGAUGCCCACUACGACGACUACGAACAAAUUACAACAAUCAGCCAAUCAGCAAACGAACAACAACAAUAACUUUUCAACGAAUACUCAAGACCAACAACAACAACAAGAAGCAAUUAAGACGCCCACAAUUCCCCAGAAGCCAAGUCAAGAAACGGAAAAAUCUCCACAGACUUCAAGUCCCGAUACUCAAUCCAUCCAUUCAACCAUUUCAAAUCGACCCACACCACCCACCUCACCGCAUCAGAAACUUUCAUCACCCUCGGUGAUUAAGCAGAUUGAACGUGAGACUGCCGCAACCCCACCCAGCGUGGCCAGUCCCCCGAAAUCUGCCACACCCAUACAAAUACAGACAGAGGUACAACAGCAACAACGUCAACCCUCACCCAAACCCGAAUUUCGUAGUGCGGCAUCACCACCCCAACCAGCCGCUGUCAAUGUUUUCAAUCGACAGACAGAUAGUCCUCGUUCAGUAGAGAAUGUCACACCGCCACGUGUCACCGAGAGCCCCUUUAGGUUGGCCCAGCAACAACAACAGGCAAGGGGUCCAGUGGCCAUUUCACCACUGGCCCAACCCCAGCAGACACCAUCACCAUUGUCUGCUGGACCCUCACCCAGCAGCCAGCCACAGGCCCAGACAGUACCAUGGCGCACUCAACGUGGUCAAACACCGCAACAGCAAGGCCCAACACCAACAACAGCCAACACUCAGUCGCAUCCCCAACCUUUCUAUAAUAAUGUGCAAGCACAACAACAGCAAAGGGCACCAGAUUUCAGCACUCAAACUUCGGCCUAUCAGGGGCCAAAGCCGACCAAUGUGGGUUCAUUGUAUAUUGCACCCCUGGCUGCCCCCGUUGAGCCCCAGGCCCAACACAUUGUUCGCCAACAAUUGCAGCAACAGCAACAACAACAGCCCCAACGUGAUUCUCCAAUGCGUCAAAUGGGAGCAACACAGCCACCACAACAACAGCUACGUUGGAUGAGCUCACAGCCCAAGCAAACCGAACAGGCACCAUGGGCUAGGCCCGAAGAGAAUGGCAAUGUGAUGCCUUCAUCAUUGAAUCGCAUCAAGUCGCCACCACCAGCAACAACCUCCUAUCAACAACAACAACAAAUGCAACCACAACCUUCAUACCAACAGCCACCAUCUUCGCUGUAUCAAACCCAACCAUCACAGCCCUACAAUCAAGGCAAUGGAUAUGUGGGUCAGCAGCAACCUGCUACACAAAAUUUCGGAGCUGUGCAUCAUGCUCCGGCUGGUUUGCGUUUGCAAAUUAAUACCAAAGCGAUUCAGAAUAACAACAACACCACCAGCACCGCUGUUAACCAAAGUGGUCCAAGGGAACGCAUCAUCCCCAUACAAUUGGAGCAGACCCCAACCUACACACCACCACAACCAAAUUUCAAUACCACACCAGCUGGCUAUAGCGCAGGCACUGGAACUCCUGGUUAUGUUAUGCGUACACCAAAUCAAUUUGUGGAUCAGGGUUAUAAUAAUUUCGGUGUGCAAAAAACCCCCGCGCAACGGGUUAUGUCGCCACCAAUGCAACAACCACAAUUAAAUGCUCCACGUAUGGUUCAGCAGCAACAACAACAAACUGGCAAUGCUCGCACCCAUAUCGUGCCGAUUGCCAUGGAGGGUAGUGAUGGUACCCGAGGACCCAUAUCCAAGGCACCCAUCGUUAUACAAAACGAUCUGCGUACACCGCCCGUACAAUCGAAAUCUUUUAGAAUUUUGCAAAAAAUCACAGACACUAUCGAUGAUGGCACUAACGAUGAGUCAGGACAACAGCAACAACGUAAUGAUAAUUAUAUGGAUGCCGAACCACAGUUACAGCGUCCGACAUUUGCCCGGCAGAUGAGCGCUCAGCAGGCGCGCAAUAGUCCAACUGUUGAGCAAAUGCGACGCAUGAAAAUUGGACAAGAACAAGGUAAUACCACACCACAAACGCCUUCUCAAUUCAAUCAACAGCCACGACCAUUUUACAACACCAAUAAUGAUUAUAUACCACCCAGUGAACAACAUGUACCCGAACCGAAAAAAUAUACCGGUAGCGCUAUACCAAGUCGAUCAUUUAAAAUUUUACAAGCCAUGACACAGCCAGAAAAUGCUGAGUGUAACGAUAGCAACGGAGAGGUUCAUGAAGAUUUGAAUGAUGAGUCCACACAGUCCGAUUUUCAUAUAGAAUCUUGUAAUACUUCUUCGGCCGAGCCGAUUAAUUCGACAUCUUUGUCAUCGUUGGGUUCGGUAGAUUCCAUUAGCUCAGGUCCUACACCACCACCGACACAAGCUCCGUUAGGUUAUGCCCCGUAUCCUUAUCCCUAUGGAUAUCCCUGGUAUCCUCCGCCACCAGCCUGUGAUAGUGCUGGUAAUCCAAUAUGGCCAUUUGUGCAUGCCAUGUCCCCUUCACCGGGACCUUCAUCACAAAGUGGUAGUGAGUCAGGUGGCAAUACCAACCCCAAUUGGUAUUACCCCUAUGCCAUGCCACCACCUCCGCCACCGGCCACACCAACACCCAAUGGCGAGUCACAGCAAAAUCAGCAUCCUGGCUAUCCACCUUAUCCCUAUUAUUAUCCUUAUUACCCCAUGCCCCCACCACCUCCACCAUUCCCCCAAACUCCCUCCAGCUCCACAGAGUUUGAGGGCCAGAAUGUGUAUGCCCCCUAUUUACCACCUCCACCACCCUAUCAUUCAUAUCCCUACCCUGUGGCUCCCAGUUAUAGUCAAUCCUCAGCUUGCUCAAGCAGGGCCAGUUCCGUGUUACCCGACAUAAUUAUUACCCCCAGUACCGAUGAUGUACCCUCCAAGGUCAUAAUGCAGCACCACAUCAAAAUCGAAAAAGAAAAACCUCCAAAACACAGCGAUUCUCUGGACAUUGAAGAUGUGACAAGUGAAAAAUCGUUACCCAACAAGCAAGCGGAGGGUUCAAUUGUGGAUAUUUUGACCAAACAUUUGCAGAAUAUGUCUCCCCACCAGCACGGCAUGGAAAAUAAUUUGAAUUCUAUGCAGAACGCAAAGAAGUCUUAUGAGAAAUAUUUUGAACAAAAAUCUCCCGAGGAUAAUACUUCGCCAGUACACAUAUCCAUGGUUGAGGAGGAAUACGAGGAAGAGGAUACUGAUUCCGAAUCCUCAGAAUCUUCGGUAGAUUCUGAUGCCACCACCAAACAAUAUGACACCCGUAUGUGUAAAGAAGGUUCGGUGCCAUUACAGGCCAUACGCUCAGUGGCCAAUAUCCAGGUCUAUAAUAAUCUCAAGAAUCCUCAACUUGAUUUGCAGCAAGAUUCGGAAGAUUCCGAAGAUGAUGAUGACGAUGCGACCACGGCAGAUGGUGAAAGUGAUGUCUUUGAUGAGGACAUCGAGGAAAUUGAAUUCGUCUACGAACACCAGGAUGAGGAGCAAGUGGAAGAGGAAAUCGAAGAGGAGGUUGAGUUGGAAGACCAUGAAGCCGAAUCGGAAUGUGAAGAAUUUAUUGUGGAGGAUAAUCUCAGUGUGAUCUAUGAGGAAGAAAGUGACUAUGAAAAGUCCAGUGAUUAUGGUAAUAAACCCUGCCAGAACCUCAAAGAAAUGGAGCCAUGUAUUGAGGAAGAUUCCCAAGAAAGUGAAGGUGAAGAAAAAGCAGCCAGUCCUGAAGAGGAAACAAAUUCUGUAACCGUUCGUCUUCCUCUCAAAUUUUCAUUUGCCAAAUUGACCCAGGAUGAGACACCCAUAACCACCGUGGUGGUUGGCAAUUCCUCUGUGGAGGAACCUUCGAAGAGUCAAAUCUCCAAUGAGAAACCCCCGGCCUUUAGUGUGGCAACUGUGGAAACAGAUUCCGAUGCGGAAGAUGAUGAGGAUGAUGAUUCAUGUGAUGUUAGCGUAACCAUUUCCCUACCCAGAUCUUCACGUUCUGGAUCCAUGGAUUCGGAACAUCGUAAUACCUCAGCUAAAUAUCCCAUUGAAGAAAUGCCUCUACCCGAAGAAGCCCUACCGAAAAUUGAGUCCAGUGAGGAAGAUGUUUCCUUCUCUUUAUCAUUGAAUAAGCGCAAUAAAUUUGUCGGUGAAACAUUGGAGGGAGGUGUGACAAAUAAUAUUGCCAAAAUUGAGGAGAAUAGAGAGGAAUCAAAGAAGGCUGAGGAGGAGGAAAAGAAAGUGGAGGAUGAUCGAAAAAUCGAUCUAAUGAAAUCCACAUCUAAUUUUGAUUUCUUUGCCACGCUGAUGGCCACCAAAAUGCAGGCACAAAAAAUUGCCGAACAAUCGGCCAACUAUUGGGGUAAACCCUCCAGUCAGAAUAGCAAUGAUGAAGUGAAAUCGACAGGGGAUAACUCCCAAAAGGAGAGAUCAAACGGAUCAGAUGCACAGCAAAAUAUCGCCACGGAGGACAAUAAAGCUAAGAGUGAUUUGAAAUCCUCACCUCUAACUCCAAACAUGGACAAUUCUGUAGUUCCCGAAUCCAAAACCGAGCACAAAAACCGCACUCUUCAAAAUAUCGCCACCGAGAUAAAUAAAAUUAAAAAUGAUUUGGAAUCUCAGGACUCGCUUCCCUCCAUGUCCACCUCUGAACAAGAAGUUUCCAAAAAUUCCACAGAAGAAGAAUUAACGAACUCUACAACUGAGUCGAAGUCGAAAAAGGUAACAAAAACUUCUGAAAAGAAAAAGGUGAAGAAACCUAAAUCUCCUGAAGGUAAAGAUGGAGAGGCUAAGCCUAAAAAGAAAGUUAAGAGUGGGUUGAAAUCACAAAAAUCCAAGGAUAAGAUUCCGCCAACCGAUAAUUCCCAAGAAGUAAAAGUGGAGACCCCUAAGGAACCCGAAAUCAAGGAUGAUCUUAAAGCUCGCACUAGUUUUUGGUUGACAGAGGCAAAGGAAGCUAAGGAUGAAGUUCAGCAAAAUAUCAUUAACUCAAAUCUUUCUCAGGAAGCCUCUAAAGAAGCCGAAAAAGAGAGGUCCGAAACCCUUAAUGUUCCACAAAUCAAGGCUCAAAAUACCUCCUCAGAGUCAAAUAUACUUAAGUCUGAUUUGAAACCGCAAAACUCUCUCCAAAAUACCAUCACAUCUCAGCCAUCCUCUGAAGUUUCCAAUAAUUCCCAAACCGAAAAGAUCCAAGCUGUCAAAGUUCCCGAAUUCAAAGAUGAUCUAAAAGCUCGCACUAGUUUUUGGUCUAAAUAUUCUACCAACAACAAAACAUCGACCACUAAGACUGAGGUAACUCUAGAGACUGCCAACAAAUUCUCAACCAGCCUUAAGGAAGAGACUGAAACUUCUUCCUCCACAUGGGAUAGUAACUCUUCCAAGAAUGACUCCCAAACUACGCAGGAAGAAACUGAGACCACAGAAAUCGAUGACAUUUGGGCUGAUCGGGAUGAUGAUUUGGUUAUACGCCGCAAACCGAAACUUAUGUACUGGGAUAAAUAUUCCAAAUCAUCAUCGGGUUAUGAAACGGAAUCUCAAAUGGAUAUUUUGGAGUCUCCUACAGCUACCCAAGAUGAUGAUAUUGAGGAUAUUUGGGCAGAUCGUAAUGAUGAUGAUUUGCCGGCGGUUAAAAAUCUCUCCAAGAAAUUGGAUUCUCUGCAAACAGCCAAGGAUUCCUUCUGGUCCUCGGUUGCAGAAGCAAAUAAGGUUUCUGAGCCUCGUGACAAAGAAUCCACAGAUUUCUGGUCUCAGUUAAGUGUACCCAAAAAGAAGCCACGACCUGAAACUAUCAAUGAGAUUCUCUAUUCUCCCAUUGUUCUCAGGCAUCGUAUUGAUGAGCUGGCCAAGGCCUUAAGAGCCACAAUGCAUACUCAGGAACCAGAGCCUAUAGAAACCGAAGAAGCUACACUGAAAAAGGAAGCUCCACACGAAAAAGAAGAAGAGGAAAUUGAUUUCUGGGCCCAAAUUGAGCAAACGCGGCGAAAAUCCAUUGAAGCAACAGCUUCACUCAGUAAUAAUGAGAGUGAAGAUAAAAUUAAGGAGGAACCAAAAGAGCAAACCUUUGAUCCUCUCAAAUAUCCCGAAGAACCACGAGAAGUUGAUACAGAUGAAGAAAUUGAUUUCUGGGCUGAAAUUGAAGCCAAUCGUUUGCCGGAUGGUGUUGAGGUUACUUUCGAAAGGGCUGCCUCAUUUUGGGCAUCACGGGAUCGCCGCAACUCUUCCGAAGAAACUCCCGCCAAGCCAGUGCUACCCAAAGCCUUUGCCGCCAAGCUGCCGGAUGAACCCGCCAAAGAUGAAAUUGAUAUUUGGGCUACCUUAGAGGCCCACAAGGGUGAGGAACCAGAGAUUGUAGAUCCUCAAAUCGAAGAGGAGAAAAAAUUGGCUGAGGAAUUCCAAGAAAUUGCACAAGACCCAGAGGAAGAUAUUAACAAUAGUGUUAUGGAUUUAGCAUCGGUACAUGAACCUGUCAAGGCCUCCGUAUGGGCUCCCAAAACAACUCAACAACAGGAAGAGGUUGCAACAAUCAAAAGCGAAGCCGAUGAAGAACCAGAUUUUUGGGCUGAAAUUGAAAAGAGCCGAAGUACCUCAAUGGAUAAGGAGGCCGAUGAUAAAUUGGAGACUAAACGUAAAAACUUUAGAAAUGCCAAGGCCUUCUUUACAAAUUCCGUAGAUGAACCCAAGGAAGAAAACAAGGCGCCAUUGGAAAAUCAAACAGAAAAACCCACAAAGGCGAAGAAGGAAACUGAAAAGAAAGAAGAAGACGAAGAAGGGUCGGAAGAAGGCAAAAAGGUCAAGAAACCUCCCAAAAAAGAAGUCAAGGCCAAGAGUAAAAGUAAAUCUCCCAAAGGUAAAUCUAAAGAACUUAAGGCUGACAAAUCGCCUAGCACAGAUUUGCCUGAGGUUUAUGUAGAACCCACACUGAAACGUCUAUCGAAUGGCUUACCCGAUUUGGAGGUUACGAAAUUCUAUGAAGAACGUAAGGUAUCGGUGCGCGACCGCAUUUCGGUAUUUGAGACAAGUAGCAGUACCGAAGCAGCACCCGACUCUCGACGUAAUAGUAUUAAUAAUCAAAAAUUAUCGGUGGAUAUUAAUAGCUCUGCAAUGCGACGCAGUUCAUUGUCACGCAACAGUUCUAGCCAACGUUCUGAGUCGGAAAUGGAAGAAGAUGAUUCGGGUGUGACAGAUAUGAACAAACUUUCCGAAACUGAAACAGAAUCAGGUAGCUUCCCUGAGUUAAGGAAAAUGUCCUCCUAUCAAAGAGCUGCAACCCAUUCGAGACUCUUCAAAUUGCUGCAAGAUGACCCUGACACUUUGGAGGAUAAUAAUGGAGAAAAUAAAGUGGUUGAUGAAUUCCAAUUCAGGCCCAGUCGUCGUAAGGUGGUGCACAAUGUUAGCAUCACACGAAAACAAAAUCCCAAGGCCUUGGGUGAGGCUGAGAGCAUGUCGCAGAGGCGAGAGCGACUCUCAUUGCCUUUGCGCAAAAAUACCAGUAUUGAUGCGGAUAAUCCUUCGACACCCAAUAGUCCAGCCUCCCCCAUAAUGGAUCAGCCAUCAAGUCAAUGUGUGGUCAGUGAUCAAUUGGUCAGCGAAUUGGUGCAAAGUUUGCUGCUGAAAAGUGAUAGCACCCAUUUGCGUAAAUUGCCCAUGGAAAAAUUACAAGCUGCUGCCAAGCGAGUUUUAGAAGAAGAACUCGAUUCUUUGGAGAACACCUCUGUCGAUUCGACACCAGCAAUGACACCCAAUGAUACCAAAAAUAAUAAAUCCUAUGCUGAUUAUUAUAAUACCUGGUCGAAUGCUAAUCGUCCUUCCGAGGUAGCAGAUCCCAGAUCUUUGCGGACACUACAAGAUAAUCGCCGUAGCCCAUGGACUGUACGCUGUCCUCGCGUUCUAAGUUCGAAGACAAUAAAUCGAGAUUUGGCACGUGUCACAGAAUCACCGGAAAUAUAUAUGCGCAGCAGUAAAAGCCCAGAAUGUUUUCGACAAUCACGAGAAACCUCAGUUAGUCGAUGGAAGAAGGCGUAGUUAAGUGAGGCUAAGGGAUAC